AUGGGCUCUCCUCAAGCCCUGAAGCCCGUCUCUCAGUUCAACGGCAUGGCAACCAAGCCCAGGCUGUCUGUCUUCUGCUCCAACAGGCAGCUCUAUGCCAUGCUUGUCGACGACCAUGGCAAGAGGAUGCUCUUCUAUGCCAGCACCCUGCAGGAGGCCAUCUGCGGCGACCCUUCAUGCAGCACCGUGGAGGCAUCUCGGAGGGUCGGGGAGGAGCUCGUCAAGGCGUGCAAGGAGCUGGAAGUCUCCGAGGUCUCGUGCUACGACCGCAACGGCUUCGCCCGAGGGGAGAAGAUGAUGGCGUUCGAGGAUCCGAUCGCGCAGCAUGGGUUCCUGCCGAGAUAGCAGAAGCAUGGCAUGGCAGGCUUGCAUUGGCUGUUCAAAGUAGAGAUUAUUUAGGGAAGAGUAGGAAGAAGGUUGUUUGCUCUUUGAGUUGCUUGCCGGAUGUAUGAUCUAAAGAAUGUAGUUUCACACCAGUUAUUAAGACAGAUAUUGCUCAAGAGUGAUAAAUAUUUCUCCA